GGCCUUCAAAGUCCAUAUAGAGAAAAAGUUGUUGGGGCACACCCAGAGACAUAUGAAAAUGCAAAGAAGCUAGCAGCUAAGAUAAAAAAGUAUGAUCAAGAUAGAGAAUAUAUUAGCAAAAGUCUGACUAAGAUUUUAAUUGAAAAAACAAACAAAGUGAACAAAGAAAAGGUCAAUAAAUUCUCUACUAUGAAGGAAGUAAUAAAGGUUUGUUGUGUUGAGAAUCAGUAUUCUUUAAAUAUAAAAAGGUUUUUGUUAGCAAACUUGACAUUAAAUAGGGGAAAUAUAAGUCAAAAUAAAAGUAGACAACUGACCUCAAACUUAGAUAGUCAAACAAAUGGCUUAGAUAUAAGAAGUGCUGAUUUAAGGCUUUUCGAAGUCACAGAGAAGACAAUGCCAAAGAAAGAUGAAUAUCUUAUAAUACAUGUAAAUGAGAAUAAGAUAUUGUUUGAUAUCAGAAAUCUUAAUAAAAGGUGGCAAAUAAAUACAAAUGAAGCAACCCAUACAUCUAAAAAGAGAAAAGAAGUACGAAGAGUUGAAGCACUAGAAAUGGAAGAUGUAAAAUACUUAGGAGACAUUGUGAACAAAGGUUCAAAUGUUGACAAUUUAAAGAUUAGAAAGAUCUAG